AUAAUUUUAGUGACAGAUCUGACAGCAAGCCAAGCAUUUGCAACUCGAUUCAGUUGUAGUGAGUUGUAGUAAAUGGUGUAUUUGGGUGUAUUAGUUAUCAACUAAAAAUGGCCCCGCAUAGAAAAGUGUCUUUGUAUCAAAUGGAAAUACUGGCGAAGUUCGCUGAAACAAAUAAACAUGUUGCGUUGGGUCGCGCUACUUUUUCAACACCACUGUGCCAACAGGAUGCAAGAUUAGCUUGGGAAGCAGUAUCCAAAAAGCUUAACGCAGCUGGGACGAAGAAAACGCCUGAACAGUGGCGUAGGUACUGGGUAGAAUAUAAAGCCAAGCUCAAAACUAAGGCAGCAGACCAAAGACGAGGAACCCCUUUAAGCAGGAGAUUAUUGCCUUUAACUGAUUUAGAGCAGCGAUUCCUAGAAAUAAUUGGAUAUGUGUCUACUGAAACUGAAGAACGCGAUGCAGACUUUACAAAAACGCAAACAAAUACUGCUGGAGCUUCGAGAGUGAAAUCCCAGCGUCCUUCACUAGAGGUGGAAUGGCUGGACUAUGAAACUGGAUCUGACGAGGAAUUGGUGGAGGAUGAGGAUAGAUCUCAGUCGGAAGAGCCUCAGGAGUCUGGACCUGAUGAGAUACACCUGAUUUCAGAUGAAGAAGCUGAAAUGGCAACAGGUCCUUAUAAAGAUAGAUGGAAGAACUUAUUAAAAAAUGAAACGGACGAUAGCUCUUGUAAAAAAAUUAAAUUGAGUAAGAGGAUCAAAAUGGAAGAUUUUGAGUCGGAUCAAAGUUAUAAGCGCUCUAGAAGAAUAUCUGAGACAGAUCUUAUACAAAAUAAUAGUGUUAAUACUUCGACUGAACAUGAUAAUAAAAAACCACAUUUGCACAAGAAAAAUAAGUCUGUUGACGUUCAAGACCCAGAUUUAUUAUUUUUUCAUAGUAUACUGCCAGAAAUGAAGGAGAUGACGCCCGAACAAAAGCGACAGUUUAAGAUGGGAGUGUGGUCUUUAGCAAAUCAAAUUUUAGAGGAAAAUACGUUGAAUUCUCCUUUCGGACAUAGCUCUGAAUUCAGUCAGGAUAAUCAAAAUACAAGCAAAUAUCAAAGUUCUACGAUGAAAGUCACAACUAAAGAUGAAAUUGAAUAAUGACGAAAAUAAUCAUGGUUGAAGUUUAUAAUAAAUAAUAUAAAAUAAAACUAUUUAUAAUCUUUAGUAAACAUUUUAUUUAUCAUUAUAUUUCCCACAGUUAAAAGCAGACAAAUGAAAGUUAGUUAAAAAAAUCAGUGCAUAAUAAAUAACAAAGAUUUUAAAAAGUUCUGUUAGUAAAUUCAUGAAAAAGGAACCACAAUUUUUUAAUAAAAUAUUAUUACAGAACAGUCAUUGUGAAUGUGAAUUUACAAUAAAACAGUACACAUUAAUUACCGUGUUUUUAGUUUCACAUUUAUAUUAAACGUACAAAUUCUACUUGCUAAAAGUUCCAUAAAUAUUCGAUAAAAACAAUAAAUAGAUACGAAGAAUAUUAUAUUUGGUAAAUAAAUUGCAUUAAGCCACCCGGAGCAAUUUAAGUAGCUAACUCAUGAGUUCACUGGGUUAUUAUAAAAAUGAGUUGUUUUAUUAAUAUUUUUCAAACCAAAAAAGGCUGAACCAUCAAUAGAUCCCAAUUUUUAGGUAAAUAGUUAUUGAAGUUUGAUAUCAGAUUCAUCAAUACUGAUUAGUGGAAACAAGGGUGAAUAUUGGGUCGGGUGAUAUCAAAAAUAUACAAUUUCGCUUGUUACAAAGUGCUAUAAAAUGUUACAAGUGUGCUGUCAGAAAGUGUUAGUGGUAACUUCUAAAAGUAAUGAAUAUCGUGUAAUAUCAACGGCUACUAUCUUAACUUAAUUUAAAUUCCGAGGAUCUAAAAAAACAGACAAAUAUUUAAGUUUUUUCCGGCGCAGCACCUUUUGAAUUCGGCCGGAGGAACAGUUAGGACGAGAUUCUACCUAAAUGCAUCAGUAAUUCAGUACGAACACUAAAACAUCUAGUGAACAAAGUUCCUUAUAUGUGAAAUCAAGAUUGCUUUUGCAGAUGCAAUUCAAAAAUAUUACAUCCUAAGAUAGGUAUCUUCUACAUAUGUAUUGAAUUAGCAGUCAUUUCUCAAGUACUUAAGCCUGAACUUUUGAUUUUACAUAAUUCGUCUGUGAAACUGUAUGACUGACGAAGGACACAACUGAACAUAGGAUUCGGAAUGAGUUUUUGUACAAUAAGCCGAAGAUUACAAACUAAAUAAGACUAAACUAAUAAGAUCCUCAAACGUUAAUAGACGUUGGGUUUUUACUACAUACUAAGUUAGUUCUUUGAGACACGAAACUUACAACUGAAAACACUUAUUUACGUUGGCAUAAAAUUUAUUAACCUCUAACUGGACUAGCUCCUUCAUUAAACCUAGUUCAAAUUAAUCGUAGUCUAACAUGGAUCUAGCUGAAUUACACACGACCUAAUUAAAAUAACGCGAAAGGAACUUAAUACUAAUUUAGGCUGUUUCUUUAUCAUAAUUUUGAUUAUUGUCUCAUAUAACUUUCUAGAAAUAACUAAACUGUGUACAUAAACUUUGUAAAGAAACAUAGCUGCCUUAUAUGAUUUAAAGUCACAAAUAAGUUACUAUGUCCUUA